AUGAACCUCUCUUGUACUGAGGCCCAGUCCGUCCUGAUUACCGGUUGCUCGCCUGGAGGCAUCGGUCAUGCUCUCGCCUGCGAAUUCCAUCGCCGUGGGCUGCGAGUUCUAGCGACAGCCCGGAACACGGAUGAUAUUCAGGAUUUAUCGCUCCUGGGUAUUGAGACGCUGGAGCUGGUUGUCGAUGAUGCGGAAAGCGUACGACAGUGCUUCUCUGAGGUUGAGACACGCGUGGGCCACCGCGGACUAGACUGGCUGAUCAAUAAUGCAGGUCGAAACUUCACGGUCCCUGCUGUGGAAGUCGACCUGGCUGAAGCACGGGCCUUGUUUGAGGUGAACUUCUUCGCCGUCGUGCAUAUGUGUCAGACCUUUUUGCCGCUAUUGAUGCGAGCUCAGGGUACUAUUGUGCAGAUUGGCUCUAUCACUGGGGUACUUCCAUAUGCGUUCGGGUCGAUCUAUAACGCCUCUAAAGCAGCCCUUCUCGCUUUCAGCGACACGCUGCGUGUUGAGCUGGCUCCCUUCGGGGUUCACGUCAGCGUCAUCAUCACCGGCUACGUCCAAUCCCGGAUCGCGCGCACCAAACGCAUGCUCAGGGAAGACUCCCUCUACCAGCCGCUACGUGUGGAAUACGAGCAUCGUCUCACCCAUAGUCAACAGGGCUCCAUGCCGCACGAUGUCUACGCCCGUCGGGUGGUUGCACGGCUGCUGGAUCCUGUCUGGCCAUGUUGGUGGCCCCGGCAAGGACGAGCGCGACCUAGUCGAUGGAUCUGGGAGGGCGGUUGGAGUAAGCUGGUGAUGGUCUCUGUUGGCGGAUGGCUGUGGCUGGGAUUAUGGGAAUGGAUCUUUACGUGGAUGUUGAAGCUGUGGAAGCUACAGAGAAAAUAA